CCACGCGAGGAAUCAGGCGACUCUAUCGAGUCGUCCGCCACCACCAGGACUCCGGUGCCUACCGUGUCUCCCGUGUCUCCUGAACUACCCAUUUCUCCGGGGCAUGUCGCGGAGUCGCUGGGCAAGAACCUGUGGGAGCAGAUCUGCGAGGAGUAUGAAGCAGAGCUGCCUCCCUUUCCAGAGCAAUACAAAGACAACCAAGAAGCUGUGGUGAGUGUCUUACCAGUGACAGAGACAACUUUCCAUGGCAUGAAUCAAGAGCACUUUUUUUCAGUUCCUUCUUUCCCCACGGUUUCACACAUACCUUGUCCUCAAGUGAAAUCGAAAACAAUUGACUCAAAAAUCUGUUCCCCCAAACAGUAUUUGGAAACUUUCAUCUUUCCAGUUCUGCUUCCUGGAAUGGCCACUCUGCUUCACCAGGCAAAGAAUGAAAAAUGUUUUGAGAGGAAAACAACGAAAUUCAUUGCCUGUGAUUUUCUGACAGAGUGGUUAUACAAUCAUAAUCCAAAGAGAAUAGAGGAGCCGUUCACAGAAUUCUUCUCCAUUCCGUUUGUGGCCGAGUGGCUCAAGCAUCAUCCCCGGCCGCCCAUCCCGUUGUCCCUCCUGCUGACGGAAGAGGAAGCAGUUCUCAUCAUUCAGUCCUUCUGGAGAGGGUACCUGGUUCGCUGCAAUCCUGAGAUUCAAGAAUUGCGUCAGUGGCAGAAGAAACUGCGUGAGGACAAGCACAUCCGCCAGCAAGUCAAGAUUUUCUGGACCAAACAAGAAAAAAAAGAACCUGGCACCAAGCAGACUGUCUCUGAAGAUCUGGUGGAAGAAGCUUAG